AUGGCCAACCGACCAACACGCUACCAACCCGGGAGUCGCUACGACUUUCCUUGGUACACUAUUCCACGAAAUGUUGGGCCCGAGAUUUAUACGAGAUGGAAUGCAAAGCUUGAUUGGCUAAAGCAACGAAAAGUUCAUGUGCUUGCAAUGGAACUAGUCAUCGAGUUUUUAGCAAGGGUUUCUUUUGCGAGGAAGGAUGGCAUUUAUGCUGACAACAACCUCACGUUUUGCCUCGGCGACGAGAGGCACGCUCUUAGCCUUGCGGAUUUUGCACUAAGGAUGGAGAUUUACCUCCCGUCCGAAGUUCAUUCUGAAUCUUGUCAACAAUAUAUUGCAGUUUAUGAUAAGGGAACUGCUCAAGAGAGUGACAUCUUCUCUUCUGUCCAUCGAUUGUUGCACCGCCUAAUCACCAAAACUAUUAAUCAACAACAAGAAAGGGAUACGUGUCCAACUAUAGACGUAUUUUUCUUAUGGGCUCUUACUUCCGACAAUACUCAUGUAGACCUACCAUUUCUGUUGGUGGAUUUUCUUGCGAUCCAGGCGGAAAAAGAUAGGCGAGAGUCUCCAGUAUAUGGUGAUGACACUCCACGAGGCCGAGUUCCGAGGUGGGUAAGACAAAUGGGAAAUGAACCUAAAGGAGAGGAGCCACCAGUUUUCCCAACCAAUGAUGAGAUGCCCAUGAAUCCUUAUUGCUAUGAGGAGGUUUGA